CUGAGUGCACCAGAGUGGAUGUGCCUGUGCGUCAGCAGAUGGGACAGCCAGACCAGCUCAGUCACCGCUGCUCCUGCCACUCUGCUGGAGGAGAGAGGGGAGUGAGCUGAGGCUGGAGGAGAGGAGGGAGACAGAGAGGAAGGGGGCUUAAGAGAAAGUGGGAGGGAGAGAGUCCAGGCCCAAAUAAAGCCAUGGGGGCCAGAACUGGGCUGGGUCCCCCUUUGCUAUAAAUACGCUGGCCGCCUGCAGGUUCGGGUUUGGUGGUUGGGGCUUGGGACCAGCGACCACCACUGCUGCUACACUCUUCCUCAGGGGAGUCUCCUCCGCAUUCUCAUCAUCCUCAACCUGGUCAUCAGUGUUCUGGGCAUCCAAGAUGCCUCGAGUAGAUGCAGACCUCAAGCUGGACUUUAAAGAUGUCCUUUUCAGACCCAAGAGGAGCAGCCUGAAGAGUCGCUCAGAGGUGGAUCUUCAGAGGACAUUUACAUUCCGCAACUCCAAACAGACCUACACUGGCAUCCCCAUCAUUGCUGCAAACAUGGACACCACAGGGACGUUUGAGAUGGCACAAGUUCUCAGUAAACACACUCUCUUCACAGCUAUUCAUAAACACUAUUCUCUUGAAGACUGGAAAAACUUUGCUGCUUCUCAUCCAGAAUGUUUAGAGCAUAUAGCUGCUAGCUCAGGGAGCAGCAGUGCAGAUCUGGAGAAACUGUGUGCCAUCUUGGAGGCAGUCCCUGCCCUCAAAUACAUCUGUCUGGAUGUGGCCAAUGGUUACUCUGAGUACUUUGUGGAGUUUGUCAAGACAGUGAGAGAAAAGUUUCCCAAACAUACAAUCAUGGCUGGAAACGUGGUAACGGGGGAGAUGGUGGAGGAGCUCAUCCUGUCUGGGGCUGACAUAAUCAAAGUGGGCAUUGGGCCAGGAUCUGUUUGUACGACAAGGAUCAAGACUGGAGUGGGUUACCCACAACUCAGUGCUGUCAUAGAGUGUGCAGACUCAGCCCAUGGACUCAAAGGACACAUUAUCUCUGAUGGUGGCUGCAGUUGCCCAGGAGAUGUAGCAAAAGCCUUUGGUGCUGGGGCUGACUUUGUAAUGAUGGGAGGGAUGCUUGCAGGCCAUGACCAGUGCUCUGGGGAAGUCAUUGAGAAGAACGGCAAGAAGUACAAACUUUUCUAUGGAAUGAGCUCUGACACAGCCAUGAAGAAAUAUGUGGGGGGAGUUGCAGAGUACAGGGCAUCUGAAGGGAGGACAGUGGAGGUUCCCUACAGAGGUGAUGUAGAAAACACCAUCCGUGACGUGCUGGGAGGACUCCGUUCCACUUGCACCUACGUGGGUGCAGCCAAACUCAAAGAGCUGAGCCGGAGAACCACCUUUAUUCGUGUUACGCAACAGGCUAGCCAAAUGUUCACUUAGGAGGGAAUAUCCCUCCUGAUACACACACAAACACACAUGUUGGUGGCGUCAUACGUAGAGUGCAUGCUUAUGCAGAGUCCACAUGUAAAAUAAUAGUACUGAGUAGUGUAAGAACACUUGAUAAAAAAAAAAAACCUGUUUCUCUCAGGAUGUCUGCUGUCAGAAAACUUGUAAACUCUGAAUUUAACAUGCAUUCUCCGAGUCUACUUAACCUCAUAACAAAUGCGUUUACAUGCUUAAAGACACUAUAAAUAAGUGUUGUAAUCAGGCAUUUAUUAGGGUUUUGGAUGGGAAUAUGCAUAAGUAAUAACCAUCUAGGUAAUAGUGUCCCAGUUCUGGGAAGUUGAAUAAAAGAACCUGGUCCUGGAGUGUGAAUGUAUAUCACAGUUCAGAUCUUUCAACCCUUUAAUUCCUGUGUAUGGUAUAUAGUUGUCUGGGCAUUUCCUCAUUAAUUAAAAAAAUGUGAAAGUUACAUAUCAUGGAAACACACUCAUCAGGUGGAGGGAAGUCAUUAGUUUGAAUAUGCAAGUCAAUAUGCAAGAUGAAGAGACGCCACCCUUUAACUUUCUUUAAGGAAAUAAUAUAAUAAAUGGCAUGCAGAAUCCCUGCUCGCUUUUUCGUCAGUGGUUUUCCUCAUUCAGUGAAGCUUCUCCAACAUCUGCAAUGACAUUCCUGGAGACAAAACCUUUGAGUGUUUGCAUCUGUGUGGACAUGUUUUUUGGGUUAAAAUGUUUCUAUGAUGAGGAUAAACACUUCUGGAUUAAAGUAUUUGGUAUGUUUAAGAUACAGCUGGUUUGGUAAAGUCACCUCUGAGUCAUGCUCCCUGCUUCCGCUGUGCCUGACAUUUUAAAUCAAGAGUUCUAAAGAUUGUGCCUUUUUCAAAGGAUAUAUAAAAUUUCAAGAAGUUGGCUCCUUUAACUAACACUAUGAAACAAAAUCUCUAACCUGAGGUGCAUACUGCACUUUAAACAUUGCAGGUUCACUGUUUAGUGGAGUGAAAAUGGAACAUGGAGGUAAUCUCUUUAUGGACAAUAAACUGUAAAUCUAUUUGCUUUUGGCCUUUUUGAGUUUUGAUUUUCCAUCAAAACCAUUUUAUGUCACACUGCCAACUUGGAAUUUCGACUAAAUUAGAAUUACGAGGUAUUUUCCAGGUCGUUUAAUUUAGACUAAGAGACCAACAUGUGAACUUCUGCAGCUUUGUAGCAAACCUGAA